AUGGACGACCUUCUGAUAUCCCUUGUUCCUCCAUUCAUUUGCUCAAACUUUCACCAAAUAGACGACCCUCUGAUAUCCCUUGUUCCUCCAUUCAUUUGCUCCAAACUCAAACUGUUCCUCCACCCAAACUCUGAUAUCCUUGUUCCUCCAUUCAUUUGCUCAAACUCACCAAAUGAACGACCCUCUGAUAUCCCUUGUUCCUCCAUUCAUUUGCUCAAACUCACCAAAUGGACAACCUUCCAUAUCCUUGUUCCUCCAUUCAUUUGCUCAAACUCCCAAACGACCUCUGAUAUCCCUUGUUCCUCCAUUCAUUUGCUCAAACUCACCAAUGAACGACCCUCUGAUAUCCCUUGUUCCUCCAUUCAUUUUGCUCAAACUCACCAAGUAGACGACCCUCUGAUAUCCCUGUUUCCUCCAUUCAUUUGCUCAAACUCACCAAAUGGACAACCCUCUGAUAUCCCUUGUUCCUCAUUCAUUUGCUCAAACUCACCAAGUAGACAACCUCACAAUCCCCUGUUUCCUCCAUUCAUUUGCUCAAACUUUCCAAAUAGACAGCCCUCUGAUAUCCCUUGUUCCUCCAUUCAUUUGCUCAAACUCACCAAUAGACGACCCUCUGAUAUCCUUGUUAUCCAUUCAUUUGCUCAAACUCACCAAAUUCAUCCCUUGUUCCUCCAAUUGCUCCAAACUCACCAAGUAGACGACCCUCUGAUAUCCCUUGUUUCCUCCAUUCAUUUUGCUCAAACUCACCAAAUAGACGACCCUCUGAUAUCCCUUGUUCCUCCAUUCAUUUGCUCAAACUCACCAACUGGACAACCCUCUGAUAUCCCUUGUUCCUCCAUUCAUUUGCUCAAACUCACCAAAUAG